ACCUAUAUUUCAUCUUGACCAAAGGUGACUGACGCAAGCACCUGCUGUUCCAACUUUUCACGUCCAGUCCAGCUUCACAGCAAUGAUGCCACCAUAUACUUGGAUCUCCAACAGAGACUCUACAGGGGUGGGUAAUUCACUGGUCCAGAAACGGUCUCCUCUACGUCGAAACCAGAAGACCCCAACAUCCUUGGCCAAACUAUCCUUACGGGAUGGAGAGAGAGCCAAAAAGCCAGUGUGUAAAUUUGAAGAAGGUCAGGAUGUCCUAGCGAGGUGGUCAGAUGGCUUGUUUUAUCUUGGAACUAUCAAAAAGAUAAACAAAUUGAAACAGAGCUGCUUUGUUAUAUUUGAAGAUAGUUCCAAAUCCUGGGUUCUCUGGAAGGAUAUACAAACAGGAGCCUCUGAGAGUGGGGAAAUGGUCUGUACGAUAUGUCAGGAGGAGUAUUCCGAAGCACCUAAUGAAAUGGUUAUAUGUGAUAAAUGUGGCCAAGGUUAUCAUCAGCUGUGUCACACACCAAAUAUUGAUUCCAGCGUGAUUGAUUCAGAUGAUAAAUGGCUCUGUCGACAGUGUGUUUUUGCAACAACAACAAAGAGGGGUGGCGCGCUAAAGAAAGGACCAAAUGCCAAAGCGCUACAAGUCAUGAAGCAAUCAUUACCGUACAAUGUAGCAGACCUUGAAUGGGAUGCAGGUCAUAAAACCAAUGUUCAACAAUGUUACUGCUACUGUGGAGGCCCUGGAGACUGGUAUUUAAAGAUGCUACAGUGCUGCAAAUGUAACCAGUGGUUUCAUGAGGCUUGUGUGCAGUGUCUCCAAAAGCCAAUGCUUUUUGGUGACAGGUUUUAUACAUUUGUUUGCUCAGUCUGCAGUUCUGGACCAGAGUACCUCAAACGUUUACCUUUGAGAUGGGUAGAUAUAGCACAUCUAUGCCUUUACAACCUCAGUGUUAUUCAUAAGAAGAAAUACUUUGAUUCAGAGCUUGAACUUAUGACAUACAUUAAUGAAAACUGGGAUAGAUUGCACCCUGGUGAGCUGGCAGAUACACCAAAAUCUGAAAGAUAUGAGCAUGUACUGGAAGCAUUAAAUGAUUACAAGACCAUGUUUAUGUCUGGAAAAGAGAUAAAGAAAAAGAAGCAUUUGUUUGGCUUGAGAAUUCGUGUUCCUCCUGUGCCACCAAAUGCUGCUUUAAAGGCGGAGAAAGAACCAGAGGGAACAUCUCAUGAGUUCAAAAUAAAAGGCAGAAAAUCAUCCAAACCCAUACCUGAUGCAAGGGAAAUAAGUAAUGGCAUUGAAAGACCAGGGAAGAAAAAAUCAGUAGGUCGUCCACCUGGCCCCUACACAAGAAAAAUGAUUCAAAAAAUUUCAGAGCCAUCUUCUUUGGAUAAGGAACCAGUUCCAGUGCUAGAGAACCCAGCCUUGGAUUUACCCUGCUCUGUUGGGAGAUCUGAUGGAACUGCUCAUUCAUCCAAUACCUCAGAUGUAGAAUCUACAGGUGCUGCCAGUACAAAAGAAACUACCUCAUCUAGCAUUUCCAGACAUUACAGUAGCUUAUCAGACUCCAGAAAAAGGACUCGGACAGGAAGAACUUGGCCUGCUGCAAUACCACAUUUGAGGAGAAGAGGUCGCUUUCCACGAAAAGCACUCCAGCCUCAGAAUUCAGAAAUUGUAAAAGAUGAUGACAACAAAGAAGAUUAUCAAUAUGAUGAACUCAAUACAGAGAUUCUUAAUAAUUUAGCAGAUCAGGAAAUACAGCUGAAUCAUCUAAAAAACUCAAUUACUAGUUAUUUUGGUGCAGCAGGUAGAAUAGCUUGUGGUGAAAAAUAUCGUGUUUUGGCUCGUCGGGUGACCCUUGAUGGAAAGGUGCAGUAUCUUGUGGAGUGGGAAGGAGCAACUGCAUCCUGACUGUAGGACUGAACAUUAUGUUCACUGCACUGCUAUCUGUAGAUACAGUUUUUUAACUUAGGGCUCUCAAGGAGACAGGUCUUUACUGUGUUUCUAAAAAAAGAACCAAUUUAGCCUUAAUAUGUACUUGUUAACAUUACAAAUAUUGUGAUACAGAUUUUUCUUAAAAUCAGAUCUGAUACUUAAAUUUUUUAAUGUGACCAUUGUUAGAUUGUUUUAGAUUGGGAUAUUUUGAGUUACAAUUGCUUACAGUGUGCAUGGUGUUUAAAAAAAAUAAGUUUUUUUUUCCCCCUAAACAUUCCAUGGAUACAAUUUUUUUGUGAUUGGGGAAAAUAUCUAGUUAGCACAAAUCUUUGGAGAAAUCUUGGUCUGUUUCUUAUCCAGAUGUUUUCAGAACUGUAUUUCUAUUACAAUACACUCUAGAUUUCAUAAAGUGCAGUGUAUAUAAUGACUACUGUAAAAUACUGAUUUUCUUUCAAGCAAAGUGUAAAAAAUAUAUUGAGCCUGUAAAUUGCUUUUUGACUAGACUUCAUUGUCUUUUUAAUAUAUUCUUUCUGUGUGUAUGUGUGUGUGCGCGUGUGUAUAAAUACACACUAUAUAUACACAUGUAUGUGUAUAUAUGUGUGAUUGUGACCUAUGCAAUACAGAUUAUGGGAUUGGGCAGCUUCUGAGUGUAUGUCCCAUAAUUCUUUUAUCAGGAAUAGUUGCAGUAUUUACACAGCAGCAUUUCUUCUCAGGCGAUAUUGCGUGCUGUUGCUUUCUAUGUACUAAGGAAAAGUGUCAAACCAGUGCAGUGUCUUCUGGCAAUGGGUGCAGUCUUUGAUGUUCAUAUGUUCUUGCUAAUACAGUCAGUCAUUUUCCUUGUAAAUCAGCUAUUCAAAACAAAGCAGGAUUUAAAUUUUUUUGAAUAAGGACUCUAUUAGAAGCAACACUUUAAAGUUUUUGUGGCACAUUGAUUGUAAAUUUUGUCUCCCAAUUAUAAAAAUAAGUCAACAGAAGCUACACACAUAAGAUUCCUAUAAUGUCUGUAGUAAUUGUUAGUCUGUUUGAUAAAUGUAGAAUGAACAAAGUAUUUUAUUGCACAGGGUCAACAAACAGUAUGUUGCCAUUUGAAGUAACAGUACUGCUUUUAUAACAACUUUACCUCUUUUGUUUUUAUAAAAUGUACCAAGUUUUAAAUUGAUAACUUUAUUUUACGUGUAAAGAGACAGUUUAUCACCAGUGUUAGAUGUAUUUUUCUUUGUCUGCUAUUUUGAGGGUUUUUUAGCCAAAGAGUAAACAGAAGAAUAUUGUUAUUUUGGUGGUUAUUCACUUUACUGUCUUUCUUACAUACUUGGAGUUUGCCACCUAAAUAAUAUUAUGUAAUAUUUGUUAAUUACAUACUGGUUUAAAUGUACUCUCUGGUUUAGUACUUAUUUAUUCCAUUACAUAUUUGACUUUUUUAAAUUUACUGCCUGUCUUGAACAUCUUCAAAAGAUGGAUUUUUCUGUCACCUUAUUGCCAAAGGAAGCAGAGAAAAUUUUGUUGCCCUGUGCUUGGUCCAUUGUUGGCCAGGUAAUAAAUGAGCUUUACAAAAGUGCUAAUUAACAUCUGCCACUUCUGUUUACCUUCACUAAAAUGUGAUUUUUCUCACAUACACCCUCAGCUAUUAAUUUAAAGUUGCCUUGUCUGUAGCUGUAAUAUUUUGAUAAAAGCAAGUUUGUUGAUUUUUGAAUUUUUAUAUCUUGGGGUAAUGCAAAAUGUAAAGCCUUUGUAACCUUACUUUCACAUCUGUUUCUGUCUUCUUUCACUUUAUCCAAAUCCUUUAAUUCUAACUGAACACCAGCAGUAUUCUCAGUGAUGCUUCUUUUUGAAGAUUAAUACUGGAAUAUACAUGGGGGAAGGGAAAGGGAAAAGAAAACAAUAAUUGUCAAACUUAAAAUGUCCAUAGACUUAAUUAUUGUGAAUGUCUUUGUUUCAUUUUAUUAUGAUGAUUGACAUGACUCUGAUGUUCAGUUUGUAUUUUUGGAAUUGCAUUUCUUAGAAUUAAAAAAGACCGACAUUAAAUGUGUGUAUUUUUUGAGAGAAUGAGUUUUGCUUCUGCAUUCAUGUGAAAUACAUACUAGUACUUUACACUUUUUUCCGUGUCGUCUGUCAAACUAUAACCAUGCCUCUAACUUUUUUUGAGCUUGUUGUCUUCCACGUACACGCAGAAUUGAGUAAUGUAGAAUGAACAAAGUAAUUGUAUUGCACAGGGUCUCAACAAGCAGUAUGUUGCCGUUAUUUGAACCCUGAAAGAAUUCAGUAUGCCCAGGGAAUGUUUUGAUCCUUCCAGUUUGCAUUGUGGUACUCUUUGCAUCUUCCUUAUAUGAAUCUAUUUAUGAUCAUGGAUUGUUAGAAGGAAAAGACAAAGAUCACUGUGUGGCAACAAUUUGAUUGUAGUGUGACUUAUCAGUCAUUGUUUUGGUUUACACAGGGCUAAGCAUAACCUUUCAUAUUGACUGAUUUCACAACUCUCAACCCAGGUUAUCUGAUUAAUAUUUUGUCCUUAUUUAUCCAUUUGUAUUACCGUAGUGGUCAGAGAGUAGAGCUCUAUUGUACUAGACUUUGUACAAACAUAACAAAGACCUUGCUUUGAGAAGUAUAUUGGCCAGUGUGGGGGAAAAAAAAGCAGUCACAGCAAAACAGCUACCUAACUGUUGUCAAAUUUUAUGUAGGCAUCUCAACAGAAAGGAGUUUUAAGGAAAGUUCUGAAAGAAUACAAGGAAUUUACUUUGAAAAUAUUUAUGGGAAGCUCCUCUCAUUUACAGUGGUGGUCAAAGGGGCUUGUUAGAAAAUUUUAAAAAUGGAUAAUCAAGGCUGUUAUCAUUUGUGAAAUUAAGCCAGGGAUUGACAUCCAGUUACCACAUUAGAGAUGAUAGGGCAGAAAUAAGUCAUAUAGAACACAGGUAAUUUGUAUUUGUCGUCUAGGACAAGCAAGUGGGGGAAUGCAAAGAGAAAGUUGACAUGGUUGAAGUAAUAGUCUAGGAAAGACUUUUGCAGUAGAAUUUUGAAUGGAGGUAAAUGGUGCAAAAUGGGAUUUGUCAGGCUCGGAAAGGAUGAGGCUAUAGCCAUUGAGGCACAAGUGAGGGUUUUGACAAGAGAUGUAGCUG